GCAGUGGGCCCAACGCGCUUUCGCUGCCUGGAAUCGACGUGACAUGGUUCAAAGCGAGACGUCAAUAAACCCAAGAGCUUCCGUCGUCUUUGAGGGCGGUCGGGGGCAUCUUACUUCGUCUUGAAAGAAUUCGGUGUUUUUUACUUUUCCCCAAAGCUCUAUUCCUCAUCCACCGCCAUGGCGGACAAGGAGGCGUUCGUCUACAUUGUCGACGUCGGCUCGACCACGUCAAAUUGCAACAAUGGCCGGACUGAGUCUGACUUGGACUUUAGCAUGCGCUACGUCUGGGACAAGAUCGCCACCACCGCCCAGGCGGCGCGAAAAACCUGGAACGUGGGUGUCGUUGGCCUACGGACCGACGAGACCGACAACGAUUACCAGGAUGGUGACGGCUACAACAACAUCUCAGUCCUGAAGAAGCUUGGGCCUGUCUCACUAGCCAACCUGAAGGAGCUGUCGAGUCUCAUCAGACCGAGCAAUACCGAGUUCGGCGAUGCCAUGUCUGCCAUCAUUGUCGCUGCCGAGAUGAUUGGAGACUUGACGAAAAAGCUCAAGUACACCCGACGGAUCUAUCUCAUCACAGAUGGCCAAGGGCCCAUUGACGGAGACGAUGUAGAGCAGAUAUCCAGUCGGCUCAACGAGCUCAACAUUGAGCUUGUUGUGUUGGGCGUCGACUUUGACGAUCCCGAAUUCGGUUUCAAAGAAGAAGAUAAGCCCCAGAUCAAGGCCACAAAUGAGGCGAUCCUCAAGUCAUUGGUUGACAAGUGCAACGAUGGAACAUUCGGCACGCUAGCCGAGGCUGUGGAAGAACUCAGCAUCCCACGGGUCAAGCCUGUCAAGCUGGUCAAGAGUUACGACGGGCCACUUACUCUAGGCGAUCCUGAACAGUUCGCAAGUGCCAUGAGCAUCAACAUUGAGCGAUGGCCAACGACCAAGGUCAACAGGCCCGCUGCAGCUACAACUGUGAUAGUAAAGCAGGAACCCUCUGGAACACAGUCAACGCACACUCUGGGCGAGGAAAUGGACGGACUCGAGUAUGGCGAUCCGCAGUUCAACUCUGUGAAGCAGCACCGCACCUACAAAAUCAACGAUCCCAGCGCUCCUGGUGGCAAAAGAGAUGUCGAAUUUGAGGAGCUUAAUAGGGGAUGGGCUUAUGGGAACACACCGGUGUGCAUCCCUGAUAGCGACAAGGAUCUCGCCGGCUUCGGGGCUGUCAAGAGCUUUUCUGUAGUGGGCUUCGUUGCUAUGAGCAAGGUUGAGCCAUUUCUCACCCUAGGUGAGACCUCCGUCACCGUUGCGCGGUCUUUCGAUGAAGAAUCCAAACUCGCUCUCUCAGCACUCAUUCAUGCUCUCUAUGAAUCGGAGAUGUAUGCGGUUGCCAGACUCGUUUCAAAGGAUGGCAGAGACCCUGUCAUCGUAUUGAUGCGGCCGAGCAUUGAUCCUGAUUUUGAAUGUCUGUACGAUGUGCCUCUGCCCUUUGCGGAAGACGUGCGGUCAUAUCGUUUCCCGCCAUUGGACAAGGUCGUCACAAUCCACGGAAAGGUUCUUACAGAGCACUCCCGCCUACUUCCCGAUGCCGAGCUCAAUCAGGCCAUGAGCGAUUACGUUGAUGCCAUGGACAUCUCGGAAUUCGACCAAGACGAUGAAGGAAACCCGGCAGAGUACGCGGCUCUCGAAGACCUGUACUCGCCGAUAAUACAUCGCGUCAACCAAGCCGUUCGGGCUCGUGCUGUGGCACCAGACGGUGAGAUUGGCGAGGUUCCUGAGAUCCUCAAGAAAUACUCCCAACCUCCUGAGAAGCUGUUGAAAGAGGCCAAGCCACGAAUAGAUGCGCUGAAAGAGGUGGCCAAAUUGAAGAAUGUACCCCCGAAGGCACGGGGCAAGUGGAAGAAAGGCGCGGCAAAACCUGAAAGUGGCCGCGCUGUGAAACCUCAAAUUGAUAUCGCGGGACUCCUCAAGGAAGGAGAAGAGGCAACGGCCAGAUUGAAGCAAGGGAAGCCAAUGAUCAACAAAGACAACUCGAUCCCAAUGUUCAAGCAACUGGUGCAACAGCUGGCCGAGGCUGACAACGACAAGGGUGUUGAAGCAGUGACCAGCCUAAUGGGUGACGUCGUGAGAUCCUUGAUCAAGGAUAGCAUGGGAGAUGCGAAUUAUGAUCGGGCUAUCGAGAACAUUGGAGAACUCAGGGAUGCUUGCAUCGGUCUUGAAGUGCCUGAGCUUUAUAACGACUUCCUGAGGGAUCUGAAGUCCAAGAUUUUCUCGGACGCGCUCGGGAAGGGGCGUAGGUACAUGUGGGCGAAACUCAGAGCCACUGCAUCGGGCAGGCUUGGACUAAUCGCCAAGAGCGAAUCUGAGGUAUCUGAAAUCACGGACGAGGAGAAGCAGACGUUUUGGGCGAACAACUAGCCCUUCGCAAGGGUUUACCUGAGCAGUGACCAAUGUGAUAUGGGCGAUUUGUUAUCGAAGAUCAAUGACACAAGUGUCUUGGGGGGAUAAAUUACAGGAGAUGGAGCCUUGUACGGUUUUGUCACGGCAUAUGCCCGGGUAUGGCUGAGAAAUUUUGAGGGAAGCAAAAUGCAAACUUUCUUGCACAGUUCUUGUUUGCUCGACCUUACGUGACUGCCCACUCAAUAGAAGAAGAGAUUGUAGAGACUGGA